AUGUGCAGAAGAAAGGGAUCUGAGGAGAACAAUCAGGAAUCAAGGAAUGAUGAUAUAGAUAAGUUCAUAGAGAACUUCAAUGAAAUGAAGAGUUCCAUGACUUCGUUGACUAAGUCUUUAAUGAAAGUUGCAAAUGAGUCAAUGACUGAGGUAAAUGAAAGGGCUAAAGAUUUUUCUUUAAACUGGUUGUUUGACAUUGAAGAUAGGUCUGGAAAGACCUUAGAUGAUUUCAAGGAUACAAUCAAGUCUACUUUCAGUGGUACUGAAUCAUCAAUUGAUCGUUUCUUCCCUAGACCCUACCUGCUGGAGGGUAAUUCAGAAGAAGUACAGCCAUUUAGUACCUUCAAUCCUUGGUUUGGUAGACAUAAUUUUCAUGAGUUAUUUAGCGGGUCCAUGAGUGCUGGAAGAACCCCAUUUGGAUACUAUAUGUAUAAAGGACCUCUGGCCAGAUACUACAAUGAUUGUUUGAAUAAGGAUGGGGAAUCAAUUUGGGAUUCCAAAGGCUACUGGAGGUGUUUGUUUCCAAAUAGUGAAAUACCUAAUGAGUUUUUAAAUUACAAAAAGGAGAAUCUCUCUGGUCAAAUAUUGACUAAAGAGGAUUUCAACGAAGCUCUUAAGACAGCGAAGUCAGAUGCAUCCGGAACAAUUGAUCUAGGAGAGAAGGGAACAUAUUUCAAGAAAUUUGACGAUUUCUUGAACUGGAAGAACAUUAUGUACAAUAAUGUUAAGCAAGAAAGGGCAAGAAAGCGCGAGAAACUUCGUGAAAGAAAAAACAAGCUGAUUUCUUCGAAGACUUCCGAGCUUUCGACUAAAGAUGACGUAGCUCAAAUCGUUUCAAGUUCCUCACUGUCAUCUUUAAAUUCGAACCCAGAAUCGAACUUGGUGGAAUUGAAAGAGGUUAUUUCUGAAACUUAUAGAGAUGGUACCUCAUCAACUAAGUACAUUACGAAGAGUAAACCCAUUGGGGCAAGCGAAUGGGUCAAUGUCCAAGAGAGAGUUGAGAACGAGCCAUAUUUUCCAGAGUCCUCCGAUUCCAAGAAUGCCGGAUGGUUUUGGAAGUCAAAGGAUUCAUGA